GGAUUCGAUCGAAGAUAUACUACAAUGGCGCCUCUAGCGGUUUACUUGUCAACUAGAUUUGUUUAUUUCGGAGGGAUCCUUCCAUUCAUGCGAGUCAGUAUAAUCGCCUUUCCCGUUCGAUGGUUUUUGCGCCAUUUCUUUUUAAUUAGAAGUUAAUCUUGCAAUGGAUACAAGUAAUGGUGUACGGAUCAAACUUCCAUCAAAUGACAGCCUUGAUGAAGACACCUUGAGUGAUGAUGUGGAUGAUGAAGUCUUCAUCAAAUCUGCCAGGAAUGGCUUCCGUAAUUCAAACAAAGAUAAAACCCUUCAAAAGCCUCUUAUGGCACCUAGAAAGAAAUCAGAAAAAGAAAAGAAACUGGGAGCUCAAAAUGGUCGCUCAAAUGGUGUUCAUCUAAUGGAAAUUCACACUGCAUCACCCAAAAAGUCUCCUAUUCUCAUUACUGUACUGUAUGUCACCAUUGCUUUGGGAGCUGUAACAGGGCUUACAGGCUUAGUGAUCUUUUUGGCCAAGUCACAUUUAGCAAAUUUUGUGCAAAGGGUAAGCAUUUGGAAGCCAAACAGGAGUGUUGCACCCUUGGCGGAACCUUGUGACAGCUUUGUAGAAGAAGCAGUUUGGGAAGUGAACAUACCCCAUGCCAUAUCAGAGGGCCAGAAAGUCCUUACAUCUGUGGACAUAAACAAAGAUUCCAUUGAAGACAUAAUCAUUGCAUUUGAUUCAGGUUUGAAUCGAGUGACUCCGCUGACGUCCUUUUUAUGCCGAAUGUAUUUCAACACUUCAUCAACCGUUUGUGACGGAGGAAUAGUAGCCGUCAAUGGAAGCAAUGGUGCUAUUUUGUGGACGACUUGGCUAGACGAUGCCGUCUUUGCCGUCGAUUGCGUUGCCGAUUUUGACUCUGACGGGAUUAUCGAUUGCACUGUCACUGGCAAAUCGAGGGCGCUGUGGACUGUCAGUUCCAAGGACGGCAAACAACUUUGGGGGAUAGCCACCGACAAGUUACAACUCCCUUGUUUGGCUGGUUCUAAUUUUCGCUCGGCUCAGGUCGUUGAGGACAUCAGCGGAGAUAAAAUCCCGGAUCUAGUUGUCGGCAUUAGAGGAGCGCUAAUCAAAUGCCCCGAUUACAUUGCCGUCGUUAAUGGCGUCACGGGCAACGUGUUGCAGCUAACGGGUAUUCCCGAUCAAGGCUCUCUGUCCGUCGGCCCAUUGCUUAAGGGCUCUGGGGACGGUUCCACCCUUGUCCUUUACUCGACCAAGGGCAUCAACGGCAGUCUGUUCAUGGCUUCCCUGAAAGAUAUAGCCUCAGGUCGCAAAGAUUUGGUCCGUACAGUGUUGAGCAACGUCAGCCGGAUCGACGAGAUAGUCGUCAGCGACAUCACGGCUGACGGGAUGGAGGAUUUUAUUGUCACGAUGGAUAACGGCACGGCGGGUGGGAAGGACGUGGUGGCCUUGAACGGAAAUGGCUUUCAUUGUCUGUGGAUCCAUACAGCCCCUGCUGGGACUACCCUCAAGAUCCAAGCGCUAGCCAAUCUGAAUGAAGAUGAUCUGCCAGAUGUGGCACUCCAAGUGACUCAGAUGGCCGGUUCUGCCAAUACGACUUGGAUUCGAGUACUGGACGGCAGCAAUGGCAAAGUGGUAAUGAACCUACCGGCACGUUUACGGCACUGGGAAGUGCACGGCGAAACGCUGGCCAUUGAAGGCACGGGUGCGGAUGUGAUUAUUGAUUGGAUAGCAGACGACGAAGAUGAAACUGCGAAAUCUCAAAUCAAUCGUCUGAUGGGCUUUUCCUCUCGUGGAGAAUUGCCCGCUCUGGUCGUUUAUUCUACGCCGACGGUGACACCAUCAAAGCAGACGGGUUACGCCUCCGAGACUUCCUUUCACAACAUUUUGGACGGCGUGUCCCAAGAUGACGAUUUGCGCGCCAAAUUCAGCAAUUACAUCCAGCAUACGGAAUCGGAACGCACAUCAGACGCCAUUCAAAUGACGGAAGAGAUAGAGCCUAAUGUCAUUGUCUAUCCAGCUCAGCACGGCAUUCGCAAACACGGUCGCUGGAACAAUCGUCCACGUCACGAUGGGUCGUUUCAACCAUCGCCCUACGACUACGAUCCACCCACUGCAGACGAUUUAAUGCCACCUGCCGCCGAACCUGCCGUUCCGGCUGUUGGCGAGUCACGCUACCGCGUUAAGACUCAACGCCCAGCCGCCUGGAAGGAUCAAGACAUGGAGGAGGACAGCCCUUAUGUUUCCAAUACCAACGACUACGUCGACGUCGCCACGUCGGACGGGGAUUACGACCUGGAAAGCCGAGAUUACAGUCGUUACCGUCAGAGACAGUCGAGACCGCAACAGCAACCUUGGCGACCGGAACGGAACGGUGGUCGUCGUGGUAAGCGAAUCCGACGUCAAGUGCCAUUGAGUGCCAACCAGCCCAUAGAAUCUAUUGGUUUUCCUCCUUUGGUCGUCGAUGCCGGAGCCAAAAGUUAUACUGAUUUGAUUUUUGGAGUCCAAUGGAGCUGGACAGAAGCUGAAGAGAGCGGACAACAGCUGCAGGAGCUGUCUGACUGCGUCAGCCGACGUUUAGAUCAAGGUCUCGAUAUGAACGAGGACACUGUCAUCGACUAUGCGGCCGAGUGUUUUCUAUCACUUGCCGUUGAAGAGGGUGACACCAAAGGCUCCUCUUCUUCUUCGCAAGUUGAUGGAAAAAAGAAAAAGAAGGAAACAGCUGAUAUCAAGUUGGUCGCUUCAGCCGUGGAUCAGUGGCUGCGACCGCUGGCGCGACGCCGUCACGGCUGGGUCACUCUCAAGAGAGUUCGCCUUCAGUGUAGUUGCCAUUCGGGCGUUCCCAAGAGUUUGGCCGGAUCACGACAAAAACCUUGCGCCAACCUACGGCCAGGCUCCGAACGACGCAAAGUCGAUUUCCAUUACUGUCAUUGAAAUUUUUUCUUUUGCGUUCCAGGAAAAGUAAUAUUCUUCUUUUAUCCUCUUAUUUUUUAUGAACGUCUAUUAUUAUCAACAGAAGAACUAUUUCAUUUCAUAGAUAUACAUAAUAAUUGAUAUGUACUUCGUCGUCUGACCGCCCCCCUGAAGUGUGUCGUCAUCCAUUCAUAUAAGGAGACAGAUUUCGCCCCCUAGCCCUCGAGUCUAUUAUCAAUCAAGUUGUAACCCCCUUUUUGUCCCUGUGUGACUUGUUCUAGACGAUUUCGAUGUCGGUUGUGUCUAUCCAUUUUCUCAUCCUUACUCCAUCCGGACACUUGAGUCUUCUUUUCUUUCGCUGGAUCCAUUCCAAAUAUUACAUGUCUGUGUCUGUGUGUGUGUGUUCUUGUGUAACACGGAGAGAAAAAUACACACAUGGAACGCGUA